AUGCUUCGCGCUUUGACGAUUUCUCACGACCCCACAGCGCCUGCGGGUCAGCCAUCGCCUAAACCAGCAAUGGAGAAAGACGCAACACUCGUCACGAUGAAUGUCCCAGAUUACCAUGAUGGGCUCAGGGAAAAGCCCAUGAGUGUCGAACACGAUGGUGAUUUAUCCAGCAAUUCGAACAAACGCGUGUUUCAGCGGUACAUCAAUCAGCUUGCCAUUAACAACUUUGGCUUCACGCUGCAAGUCGCCUGGGAAGCCGUCGGUCUCUCGUUUCAGCUCGCAUGGCCAAACGGCGGACCUGCUGCGCUGGUUUACGGGUCUAUGAUUACUGGUAUUGGCUCUACUCUUGUCGCUUUGGCACUGGGUGAGAUGGCAUCGAUGGAUCCUACAGUGGGCGCGCAGUACCGAUGGUCGGCACGCUUUGCUCCAUUGGCGCCAGAAUUCUGGGGCUUCAUACAAGUCAGCGCAGGAUGGACUACCGUCAUCGCUUGGAUCUGUAGCUGUGCUGGCGCAUUCUCUUUCAUGUCCAACACACUCUCCGGUUUAAUCAUCUUCAACAGCCCAACCUACGAGCCCAAAGCGUGGCAUUCAACAGUGUUUCUGAUAGCCUUUCUCAUUGUCCCGCUAGUUCUCAACCUCUAUCUGCGGAGAAUCAUCAACUACCUGGAAACAAUUGGUGGUGUUUUCCACGUCGUCUUCUUCGUGGUUAUCAUCACGACCUUGUGUACCCUCUCCAAGCGUAGUACGCCUGAAUACGUCUUCAAGACGUUGCACACCGAUGCCGGGUGGGACAACCCUGGUGUAGCAUUCUCGAUCGGCAUGCUUGCUACAGCAUACCCUAUCAGCAGCUUUGAUGGUGUUCUCCAUAUGAUCGAAGAGACAAAAGAACCACGUAAGCGGGUUCCCAAAGCCAUGGUACUAGCGACGUCGCUGAAUGCAGUCAUGAUGAUCGCAUUUUGCAUCUGCUUAAUGUUCUGCAUCGGGGAUGAAGAGGCAGUGGCAAAGUCGAUACUGCCGAUUACCGAGGUUUUCUACUCCGCCACAGGCUCCAAGACAGCAUCGACGGUAAUGACGAUGCUAAUGGGGCUCCAACUCAUGAUUGGCAAUUUUAAUAUUGUAGCUUCUGUAGCGCGUUUGGUCUGGCGAUUCGCGUCGGACAAGGGCCUUCCAUUUCACGAGCACUUCACCUAUAUCCAUCCCACGCUCCAAGUCCCCAUCCCGGCACUCUUCCUCGUCGGCCUCAUCUGCUGCCUCUUGUCGUUGAUCAAUCUCGGGUCAGCAGCUGCGUUUAAUUCACUCAUCUCCCUGCCGACCAUUGCACUAUACGUGUCGUACCUGGUGCCAAUUACACUUCUGACGUUACGCCAAAUGGCCGGUCGACACCCGAAAUACGGACCUUUUCAGUUUGGGCCAUGGAGCGUUCCCAUCAAGCUGUGUGCCAUGGUGUAUCUGGUGUACAUUAUCAUCUUCGUGGCGUUUCCGGCAUCCCGGCCAGUGACCAGCUUGAGCAUGAACUAUGCGCCUCCGAUCCUCAUUGGCUUUCUCGUGAUAGCCAUGGUCGAUUGGUUCGCUAGGGGCCGUGCCAGGUUCGAGGUGCCGACGGCUGCGCUAGACUAG